AUGGGGAUGUGCUCCUCCUUCGCCCCCACUUUCAGCGUCUACUGCGUCUUCCGCUUCCUCACGGGCAUGGCCUUCUCUGGCAUCGUCCUCAACACCGUCUCCCUCUCUUCGUUUCCAUCUCCAUCAUCUUCGUCUCCAUUCUCUCCAUCUCCAUCCUCUCCAUCA